CUCCAAAAUUUUAUUGUGAUUACUAAACAAUUAUUAAGAUAACUUUACAAUGUUGGCUUAUUAUUUCUAUCUUGUAGUAUGUUUAUACUAUUUUUUAUAAAAUUGUUGUCACAUAUCAAUGUAACACAUUAAGUAAAAGAAGUUAACUCUACCAAAGCUGAAGAAGGUGGAAGGUGUUGUGAAAUUUGAUGGAAGUCAAGAGUUUGAAUUUGUUGAAUCUACUACAAUCUUGCAUAACCAACAAAUCUCUAUCAUCCGCCAAAAUCAUCCACGCUCGAGUUUUCCGCUUCACCCUUUUCUCCGACACUUUUCUCUCUAAUCACCUCAUCGAGCUAUACUCCAAGUGCAAUGACAUCACUUCCGCACACCAUGUGUUCGACAAAAUUCCUCACAAAAACAUCUUCUCCUAUAACGCCAUCUUAUCCGCUUAUUGCAAAUCCAACAAUUUGCAAAAUGCCUGUCGUUUAUUCCUUCAAAUGCCAGAAAGAAACACUGUGUCGUUGAACACUAUAAUCACCAGCAUGGUUCGAAAUGGAUAUGAAAGACAGGCACUUGAUACUUAUGAUUCAAUGAUGGUACAUGAAUCGGUUAAACCUUCUCAUAUAACAUUUGCUACUGUUUUUAGUGCUUGUGGUGGUUUGUUAGAUGCAAAUUGUGGUAGAAGAAAUCAUGGGUUUGUGCUUAAAGUUGGUCUUGAUAGUAAUAUUUAUGUGGCUAAUGCUCUUUUGUGUAUGUAUUGUAAGUGUGGCUUGUAUGUGGAUGCUUUUCGUGUUUUUGAGGAUAUUCGUGAACCCAAUGAGGUUACGUUUACUACAAUGAUGGGUGGGUUAUCACAAACAAAUCAAGUCAUGGAAGCUUUGAAAUUGUUUAGACUCAUGUUGAGAAAAGGAAUUCGUGUUGAUUCAGUUUCCUUGUCAACCAUCUUGGGUAUAUGCGCGAAAGGAGUAUCUUUUGAUGUAUGUGAUGAUAGUCGUGGUUUUUCAACUAAUGCACAAGGAAAACAGAUGCAUACUCUUGCGAUUAAAGUUGGGUUUGAGAGAGACCUUCAUCUGUGCAAUUCUUUGCUUGAUAUGUAUGCUAAAACUGGGGAUAUGGAUGGUGCUGAAAAUGUUUUUGUUAAUUUGGAUAAGCAUAGUGUUGUUUCUUGGAAUAUAAUAAUAUCUGGGUAUGGGAACAGAUGCGACAGUGAGAAAGCUGUUGAGUAUUUUCAGAGGAUGCAGCAUUGUGGAUAUGAACCAGAUGAUGUUACUUAUAUUAAUAUGUUGACAGCGUGUGUUAAAUCUGGGGAUAUUAAAAUUGGGCGUCAAAUAUUUGAUUGCAUGUCGUAUCCGAGUUUGAUUUCAUGGAAUGCCAUACUUUCGGGUUAUAACCAGAGUGCAGAUCAUGGAGAGGCAGUUGAACUGUUUAGAAAGAUGCAGUUUCAGUGGCAGCACCCUGAUAGGACAACUUUGGCUAUCAUUCUCAGUUCAUGUGCUGAAUUGGGACUUCUUGAGGCUGGAAAACAGGUUCACGCAGUUUCCCAUAAACUUGGGUUUUAUGAUGAUGUGUAUGUUGCCAGUAGCCUUAUUAAUGUGUACUCCAAAUGUGGGAAAAUGGAGUUGUCUAAGCAUGUCUUCAGUAAACUAUCUGAACAAGAUGUUGUUUGUUGGAACUCAAUGAUAGCAGGGUUCUCAACCAAUUCUCUUGAACAAGAUGCUUUGACUUUUUUUAAGCGGAUGAGACAAUUUGGUUUUUCUCCUUCUGAGUUUUCUUUUGCUACCAUAGCGAGCUCUUGUGCGAAGCUAUCCUCUUUAUUUCAAGGACAACAGAUCCAUGCUCAGAUCAUAAAAGAUGGUUAUGUAGAUGAUGUAUUUGUGGGGAGUUCUCUUGCUGAAAUGUAUUGUAAAUGUGGGGAUGUAGGUGCAGCCAGAUCUUAUUUUGAUAUGAUGCCCAGUAAAAAUAUUGUUACUUGGAAUGAAAUGAUACACGGUUAUGCACAGAAUGGAUACGGUCACGAGGCUGUAUGCCUUUAUAAGGAGAUGAUUUCAUGUGGCGAAAAACCUGAUGAUAUUACAUUUGUUGCUGUUUUAACUGCUUGUAGCCACUCGGCAUUGGUCAAUGAAGGGGUUGAAAUAUUCAAUGCAAUGCUACAAAAAUUCGAAGUGGUGCCAAAGUUAGAUCAUUAUACAUGCAUCAUAGAUUGUCUGGGACGAGCAGGGAGGUUUCAUGAAGUAGAAAUCAUUCUAGAUACCAUGCCGUAUAAAGAUGACACAAUUGUAUGGGAGGUUGUGUUAAGCUCAUGCCGUGUUCAUGCUAACUUGAGCUUAGCAAAAAGAGUAGCUGAGGAGCUCUAUCGACUAGACCCGCAAAAUUCUGCGCCUUAUGUGCUUCUUGCUAACAUGUAUUCUUCUAUGGGAAGAUGGGAUGAUGCACAAGUUGUUAGAGAUUUGAUGAGUGAUAACCAGGUACAUAAGGAUCCUGGUUAUAGCCGGAGCGAGUUCACGUAUGAUGUGCAAAGCACUUUGUAAAACAAACAAUAGUUUUUGUUGCUUGUAGAUAAACUCAAUUCUACAAGACUUCAUGAAUUUCCCCAGAUGGUGUUCUCGAACUACUUCUACAGAGAGAAUUGUCUCUACAACAGGAGUUCUAGUUGUGGAUUCAAACCAUCUCCAAGCUAGUAAUGGUCAUUUCACUGUUCUUAAUUUCUUUAACUCCUUGAAGAUGGUUAAUGAUAAUACCCGACAGCACUUUAAUGAUUAUUGGUGGUAAUCCAACUCAUUGACUGGUUACUGAACUAUAGUUCUAUGCGUCAUAGUCUGUUUGAGGCCGAGCGAAUAGAGUAGUUUCAUGAAUUAGAAGUCAUUAUAAAUUAUGGAAGGCUGUGUUAAGGUCAUGCUAACUUGAGCUCAGCAAAAAGAGAAGAGGAGGAUCUCUACCAAUUAGACUGAGAUAAUUUUGCACCAUAUGUGCUUCCUGCCGACUUGUAUUCUUCUUUGAGAAGUUUGGAUGAUGCACAAUUUGUUAAGAGAGCUUAUGAGUGAUAACUAGUUCUAUAAGGAUCCCUCACUAUUGUUGGAGUAAGUGCAUGCAAAGCAUAAUGUAAAACAAACAAUAAUCUUUUAUUGGUUGGCAAAAACUCAACUGUACAGAAUUCAAUUAUAAAAGAUCGCAUUAAUCUCUACAACUGGAGCUCUUGAACCGUCUCUGCUGAGAACUUAAUUUCUUCAACAGAUGCUCUAGUUUCCAGUGGCAGCAGUGAAGUGUUGGAAUUCUGUCAUCAACAGUUGAACCGACAUUUCAUCACCUCUUGAAAAAAGAAUAAUAUCAUCUGCAGAGCAUAUGUUUGUUAUUUGCAUUCUCUCGCAUCUUGGGUGAUAGUUGAAGUUGUGGUUUUCCUGAAGCUUUUUUGAACACCUAUGGAGGUAUUCUAGAAUCAGAACAAAGAGCUGCGGGGAUAUUGGAUCCUCCUGGCUUAACCCUCUUUUUGCUUGCAGGAAAUCACUAUGCUUCCCAUUGAUCACAUAUUUGAAAGAGACGAACCUAAUACAUAUCAUGAUCCAUUUGCUUGCAGGAAAUUACUUUAAUUUUUUUAUUAUUUAAUAAAAGCUAACUUAUUUAGAUUUUUUUUUUAAAAUAAUCAAUAUUUUUCAAAAUAAUUUCAAAAUAAUAAAUUUUUAAUUUUUUUUCUCCAAAAUAAUCACAUUUAAAAGAGGAUGCGUCAGAUGAACUGACGCAUCAGUUAUGGACCAAGAGGAGGCGUCUAAGGCAUUGACACCUGCAUUGGUAGCCUCAUGAGGAGGUGUCAAUGUCUCUGGCGCCUGCAUGUGUUGACAUGUUAGGCGGAUAGCCUCUUGGCGCAUGCAUUUUAUAUCUCCUCUCUAUAAAUACCUCGCAUUUGAUGCAAUGUUUUUCACACAAAAUCUUCCUUUACUACCAUAUUUUCUUUCAUUUAACUCCAAUUUCCUUCAAAUUUUUGUGUUUUAACCAUGUCUGAAUACAUUCACAAACGAAAUGCCGAUUUAAUAUUUUUCGCCGUUGCGUCUCCGAUAGAGAUUCGACUCUGGAAUAUAGAUUCGUUUGAACGUCCUAAUCGGACGUUGAACAGUUGGUUAGAUGGAGAAAUUGGAGAUGGUGAAAGGAUUAGAAGAAUACAAUGACUUGUGUCCACGUUUAACCAAAAUGGAGAAGUGCGUGAAUGAGUGAAUAUUAAAACUGACCGAGACGUUCAUAGGAUGAUGCAUUACAUGUUCAAAAUUGUUUUGAUUGUUGUAAUCGCAUAGUUCUUGUAUUCUAAUUGUUUUAA